AUGGCUCUUGUUUCAAUAUUAUUACCAGCUUUCUUUUUUGAAGAUGAUAACGAUAUUCAAAAGCAAGUAAGUAAACAACUUGGAAUGAAGUUCGACUAAUUUUAGCUAUGCUCUGUUUUUCCUACUUAGAAUAGAGAAGGCGAAUAGGAUCAUCCUUUUUAAGAGUUUGCAAUAAAAAUGGUUUAAUCUGACUUAAGUCUCAGAAGAAUUGAAGGCAUAUUAGAAGAGCAAUAUAUAACUUAAAAGAAGGUUGAAAAAUGUAGGGAAGCACUUACUACACUUGCCUUAGAGUUUAACAAUUCAGUAUAAAGUCCUGGUUUAAAGGAUCUUGACACUUAGUUGUAAAAAAGAACCAAAAAACUUAAGUAAGUGAGAGAAGAUAAUCGUAAAUUAAGAUAAUUGUUAAAGGCAUAACUCGAAAACUCAGAAAAGAUAAGGAUUGAAACCUAAACAACUGUUGAAACUUUAAGAGAAGAGUUUGACCUUUUAGUUAGAGAAUUAAGUAAUAUUCAGAAAAAAGAGAUAGAAGGGAUAUAAGGAGGAAAUCAAUUUGGAUAAGUUUAAUAAAAUUAUAUGCUAGCUAAUAAUAAGAUUAGUAAUUAAUAAAAUUAAUAGCAAGGCUUAUAAUAGUAGUAUCAAUAGUAGUAAUAAUAAUAGCAAUAAUAAAUUAAUGGCAAUAACUCAAAUUAGAAUGUAUAAGAAAUAAAUCUACAGUUCAGAAAGUUUUAGUAGUAAUAGUAGAAUAAUUAUAAUUCUUAAUAGUAGUAAUAAGGCUAACAAAAUUUGUAAUAGGCAUCAAAUAAUUUAAAAUAAUAAAACGAAUAUUCAAAAGGAAAUUACCUCUCAUAAAACUAACCUGGAUAAUAAUAAACUUAGCAUGUUAAUUAGAUGUCUCUACCUUUAUAAAAAUUAUAUGUAGGCUAACAAAACUUAAAUAUGUAAAUAGGAUCAUUUGGAAAUCAGCCAAAUAAUAAUAGUAAUAAUAAUAGCGGACACAGCUCAAACAAUCUUAGCAAUAAUUAAAAUAUUCCCCUAUAAGUCAAAAACAUAAAUAGCAAUAACUUUGUUUGA